UUUCCGUCGUGCUCGAAUGCACUCCGAAAAGUAUUCACAUGGAUAUAAUUACAUUAUAGUAUUACCAAGCAUUACAAAUACCUUUCGCAAUAAUAAAAUUAAUCUUGAACAGUGUGAGGUGUCUAAUUUUCUGCCUCUUUUCUUCAUAAAGAAGCCGAAGAAGCGAAAUCAUUCCGAACUCUGAGAAUGAAAGUGAAAACGAACGUGCAAUUGGUCUAAAAAUACACUCGGACUCGAGGAGUUGGAAAGUGGAGUAUUUAUAUUAUUUAUUCCAUUUUUAUUCUGUGGGGUUGCGAGGGUGUCGAUGCCGCGACGCGAGAUUUUGGAGGUUAUAUUUAACCUAUUUUAUUUUGACAAGUGAAUUAGUGAACGUGCUUUUUCCUGGUAGGAAAUUCUGCUCUGUUUAGAAAAAACGGAGCGUCUUCUCCCCCGCUGCUAAUGAGCUAAUUAUUUUGAAAGAAAAACGGUCAUUCAACGGCUGCUGAAGUGAUGUCGAUUCUGAUCUGUUUUUAAAAUGAAAUAAAGAAUCUGAUUAAAGAACGAAAAUGGCAACCGCGGAGAUUGACGAGUUCUUAUCGGGCCCGUUAGUGACUUGGUUAAUCAGUUGUCUUGAGGAUCCAAAUUCACUGGCCAAUUACGAUGAUUUGGCAGAUGGAGUUCUGAUUCAUAGUGUUUACCUCCAAAUAGAUCCGGAGCCUUUGCACGAUGGGGUGAUACCAUCGUUAGGAAAUGUAAACAAGAGGACGAAAAAUUUGGAAAUAAUUGUGGGGAACAUGAAGCAAUUUUACGAAGAAGAACUGGGCAAUAUUCUGUUGAAAUUACCGAACACAACGAAUUUGGGAAAAGAACCAGAGUCACACAUCGAAGACAUGAGGCUUUUGCUUCUUUUAUUGCUCGGUUGUGCAGUUGAUUGUCCAAAUAAAGAAAAAUUCAUCACUAAUAUCAAGCAGCUUAAUCUCGACACUCAAGUGGGAAUUGUUGAGUGUAUCAAGCAGGUUACUGUUUAUCAGGACAUCGUGAUUAACCACGAUUUAAUGGAGAAUGUCAAUAUGGGAACCGUCUUUAACGAAAUUAAGAAACUGAUACAAGAACGGAAUCUAUAUCGCGAGAAAUGGAGAAGUGUCGCGAUAAGUGAGAUUGUGGAUCAAAAUGAUUCAACGAUUAGCACAGAAGGCGAGGAACUGAAUAAAUCACAACAGUCGAACACAUCGGCGAAAUCUGAAAGAGAAGAAAAUCAUCAUUAUGCUGUCGAGUUGGCCGAUUGGAAAUCCAAAGUCAGAAAGCAACGUCAGGAAUUAGAGGAAAAGACGGAGUCUUUGCUAGAAUGCAAGGAAGAGCUGGAGCACAACAAAAUGUUACUCGCAAAAUUAAAGCAAGAGAAUCAGGAACUGGUGCUGGAAGCUAGGACCGCAAAAUCUUACAGGGAUGAGCUUGACGCUGUAAUCGAAAGAGCGGAAAGGGCGGAUCGCCUUGAAAUGGAAGUAACUCGCUAUCGUGAAAAACUUACUGACAUCGAAUUUUAUAAAACUCGAAUAGAAGAAUUGCGCGAGGAUAAUAGAGUUCUGAUGGAAACGAGAGAGAUGUUGGAAGAGCAACUAAAUUCGUCAAGGAGACGAGCGGACAAAGUGUUGGAAUUAGAGGCGGAGAUUAUAAAAUACAAACAGCUUCUCAACGAUAUGGCCUUGGAACGCGCUGCUGACAAGGAAAAAUAUCAAGAGCUUUGCGAAGAAAAUAGUCAUCUUCAAAAAAUUACAAAAGCUGCGAACGAAGCAACACUUGCUGGGUCUAUCAGCGAUUCUGAAGAACCAGUGAUUACAGAUAAUCCACUAUCGGAACAAUUAACAAGCAACGCUCAGACCCGAGCCUUGAAACUGGAAUUAGAAAAUCGUCGCUUAUCGACUCUGAUUGAAUCACUGAAAGAAAAUUCCUUUCACGAGAGUUCGUCGCGCGUUUUGGAAUUGGAAAAGGAAAAGAAGAAACUUUCCCUAAAAUUGGAUUCACUCACAGAUAAUUGUGAACGAAUUUCACAGCAGAAUUCGGAUUUGGAAUUGGUUUGCAAACAAGCGUUCGAGGAGAAUAAAAAACUUCAGGCUUCCUUGACAGCUCAGCGAACUGCGUUCGAUAAACAACAGCAGGAUUUGCAGGCGCAUCAUAUGAAACUGGUGGAUAUGGAAAAAAAUUAUGAAACUGCGACGAAUGAAAAACAGAGAAUUCAGUCUCUUUUGGAAAGUGUGCAGAGGCGAGCUGAUGAUAUUGAAAGAUCUUUGGAAAUGACAAAUCAGAAAUUGGAGGAACUGAAAAAUGUUGAGAGUCAAAAGGACGAAGCGAAUUCUAAGUGUUCUGAGUUGGAGACGAAAAUUGCUGUUUUGGAGAAAGAAAGGGACAGUGCUCAACGCGAUGUGCAUAAAUAUAGAGAAGCUCUUGAGGAAAAGGAUGUUGCGCUUGAUCAAGCAGCGAAUACAAUCGAAGUUUUGGAGGGAAAAAUAACACAAAUCGAGCAAGAACUAGAAAAUUCAACUGCACAAAUUUUACGAUUGCAAGAAAUUGAGAGGUGCAGCAAAGAAUUGGAUUCGAGGGCUGCGAUCGACAGAGAAACUUUGGAGACUUUACAAUCGAAUUUGGUCGCUGAAAAAUUAAAUACUCAACAGUUGUACACGGUUUUAGAAAAACUUGGACUCGAUGUCGAAGCUCUAUUGUCUUUACCUCUAGAUUGCAUCUUAGAAAGGAUCGCAGAAAUACCAGAAGUGAGCAAUCGAAUUAGAAAAGCGAUAACGGAAGAGAUUACAGAAAAGCAAAAAGUCCAAAUUGACAAUGUAACGAUUGUAAAAGAAGAUGAAGUCAAAAAUUCGAAUUUGCUAGUAGAAGUGGAAGCUCUGAAGAACGAGCAGGAAAAUCUGCAGACGAAAUUAUCAACCAUGCAGUCGACUUCGGAAAAUCUUUUGUCCGAAAAUGCAAAAUUACAAGUCUAUGUGACGACUUUGGAAUCUCAAAGCACUUCGUUAGCCACUCAACACACUGCUUUACAAUUAGCAAAUUCGCAGCUCGUUGCCGAAAAAGAAGAGGAGGACUUUAGAAUUUUAUACUCCAAUCUCGAACAAUUAAAAAUGGAGUACAAAAGUCGACAUGAGGAUUACUUGAAGAAUAAAUCUGAGGCGCAUACGUCGAGUAAAAAAUUGAUGGAGUUGCAAGGCGAAUUAAGUGUGAAAGACGAAAGAUGUUCAAAUUUGGAAUUGCAGAUUAGUAAACUGACACAGAGAUGUGAGGCUCUCUUGCAAAUUAAUUCUGGAAUCGACAACGACAGACGAACUUUGAUGGAACAUGCGAGUGCUCUUUUAAAUCAGUACCAAGAUCUUUUCAUGCAUACUUUAGAAGAUAAAGAACAUUUCUAUGCAGAGGAAAAAAACUUUGCGGAUAAAUUGAAUCAUAUGAAUAGACAAAAGGUGAAACUCGAAGAGAAAAUUAUGGAACAUUACAGAAAUAUGGGAAGUUGUUCUACGAAGAAGAAAAGUUUUGGCGCUAGUUUUGUUAGAAAAGUCAGAAAGGCAAGCUCCGAUUUACUAAACAAAAAUCGACGUUCGUGGGCAGAAGAUGUUAAACUCCCGGAAGGAAAACCAGGUGGAUCUGAAUCUGGAGGUAAUGAUUCAGACGCGAGUAUUGACGAUCAACGAUUAACAGAAACGAGAGAGUCCAGUGAUCUUAACCCGGAUCCAUUAGCUUUGGGACAUCCAGGGACCCGAAGAACUGUUUAUUAUACAGACGAUACACCGCCAACAGCUCCUUUAAUGACUGACCAGAGACUCGGCGAGUCGCUCCAUCACUCGGGAGACGAAAUCCGAGCAAAUGAAACGGAAUCAAAUUCAAGAGUCGAUCCUCCGAGCGAACCUCGUCCUUUUCUCAUUUAUAACCGAGUCUCAGCUGUUAUCAAUGAGUCGAACAACGUAAAUCACUCGAUUCAGGAACCAAUUCCAGACGAAACUUUAGUUGACUCGCCUCCCAGAAAAGAUAAAACGAGUCCAGUUUGGUACGAAUAUGGCUGCGUAUAGAUUCUCAAAUUCCAUCGAGUUUUAUUCGAAUUCAUCAAUUAAAAAGUACCGGUCGUACUAUACGGUUUUGCUAAUUCCCAAAUUCAUAAUAUUUCCAUUUUUGGUAAAAACGCGGAAGCAUUAUUCUGUGUUUUAGAAUCUAGAACACGUGAACUUGACAGUCAGCAACUGAUAGUUGCGCCCCUUUAUUUAUACGUACUGUACAUUCCAGUAUUCACGUAGGCUUAUUCGACAUUUUAUACUUUUUUUUUUUUAAUUUCUGACUCUGCACCUUCGAUCGAUUCAUAGGGACAUAGGUUUUUAUUUUUAUUUUUUAGAUCAUUUUAACGCUGAAAGUAAUACGUAAUAACUCGGAAAACUACGUAAAACAUUGAGGUUUUUUAUAAUCUAAUCUACAGAUUCAGGUAUUAAAGCUUAAACCUUGAAGGAAUUUUUGUUUCUUUUUUUUUUAGAGAGAGAAUUUUAGAAUACUGAAUUUAUAUACAAAUGCCCGCAGCUGUUACCAGAGAUUUCGCUUUUGAAUCUCAAUAUUUUCGAUCGUGUGCACAAGAUACUUAAUAAGUCGAGAUGUACAAAUAUAUUAGUUAAGCUUGAGAAUUAGAUUAAGAUUGUGAUUUUAUUACACUCGAGCUUCCAGGUUCACUCAAAAUUUUUUAGAUAAGAAUUUAUCUAAUCAAUAGAUCGAAUCCAUUUCAAAUCAUUUCAAUUCUUCAACUUGAAGUUGAAGAAUUUCUCGGGGAUGAUAAAUUUUCUUUAGAAGAAAUUAGGGGAUGCACAUUUUUUCGAUUUGUGGCAAAAAUGUUUUUUUUACGGAAUUAUGCGUAUUUGAAUUUUUGCCUUUGUUUUUCAAAAAAAGAAGAAAAUAAUUUUUUAUUUAAACCUAAUCUUUUGACUUAAUC